AACUCCACGACAGAGAGGAAAAACAAAACAAAACUCAGAGAGACAAGACAACAUACAAAAAAUGGCCAAAACGAUUACGCGAAACGCCGCCACGCGCCUCCCUCUCCUCCUCCAAUCUCAACGCGCCGGCGCCGCCUCGGUCUCCCACAUCCACACAUCUCUCCCCGCUCUCUCCCCAUCGACAUCACCGACAUCCUACACCCGCCCAGGUCCUCCCUCCGCCUCCUCCCCUCCUCCCCCGGGACUCUCGAAGACGGCGGAGUUCGUGAUCUCCAAAGUCGACGAUCUCAUGAACUGGGCUCGUAGGGGAUCGAUCUGGCCUAUGACCUUCGGCCUCGCCUGCUGCGCCGUGGAGAUGAUGCACACCGGUGCUGCUCGCUACGAUCUGGACCGGUUCGGUAUCAUCUUCAGGCCGAGUCCUCGCCAAUCUGACUGUAUGAUUGUCGCGGGGACGCUUACUAACAAGAUGGCUCCUGCUCUUCGCAAGGUUUAUGACCAAAUGCCGGAGCCAAGGUGGGUGAUAUCGAUGGGAAGCUGCGCCAAUGGAGGUGGAUACUACCACUACUCCUACUCAGUUGUUCGAGGCUGUGACAGGAUUGUGCCAGUGGACAUAUACGUCCCUGGGUGCCCUCCGACCGCUGAGGCUUUGCUCUAUGGACUCCUCCAGCUUCAGAAGAAAAUCAACAGGCGCAAGGAUUUCUUGCAUUGGUGGAACAAGUAAAACAAGUUUCAGAAUCCUAUCCUUCUUCCCAAUGUGAAAGGGAGAGCUUUCUUUUCAGACAAUUUUCAACAAAGUUUGGGGAUGAUAAUAAAACGUGGACACGUUUCAAUGCAAUGCUUCUUUGUGGUGUGGAUGCCAUUUAAAAUUUGUGUGUUUUACAAGUUUGAUGUGGAAACUUGAAUAAACAUAAGAUUCUGUUAUAUUUCUUUUU